CCAAAAUGUUCCCAUACAUUUGUUUUACUAUUUUUAGCAGCCAUUCUAACAAUUAUCAUUUAAUUAAAACUAAUCUUCAUUUUUCAAUACGAAAUAAUAAAAGUAUGCGAACAUUUUGGAUAAAAAUGUUAUCCGUUAUCUUGUUUUAAACAAGCCAUUAAAGAUGUGCUUUAUGUAUUUGUAGUUGUACUGUACAUAAAUACACCAAUAUUUAGUGCGUAAAUAUAUCAAUGUUUAAUAGUAAUAUAAUUAAAAUAUGGAUUCAUUUGACAAGUUAGAUGUAGACAUAGAAAAUAAUAUGCAUGGGAGCAAAAUUCCCACUCAACAGAAUGGAAAUAUAUAAUUAAAUUGGUAAAAUUUAUAAAUGAUAUACAUAUUUAGAAAUAACAGAAAAAACAAAAAAAAAACAAAUGUAAACACUUAUUCUAACAAUAAAUAUAAACACUUAUUCUGUUCUUAUUUUGGUAAUCAGAACAAUUUAUCCAAAAUGUUCCCAUUCAUUUUUAGCAGCCAUUCUAACCUAAAUAUUAACUCAGCACAUUCCCAAAAAAAGAAGAAAAUUGUUUUAUUCUAGUGUAUAUAUAUACUCGUCUAAAUAAAACGAUCUCCAUCUGUCCUAUAAAUCGCGAACCAAAGAGAAUCGUCCAGAAAAAAGACAAAACAAAAGAUAUCAAAAUAAUCAAAGAGAAUGAGAUUCACCGAAUAAAUCAAGAGGAACUGUUUUCAAGGUAAGAAAAAAACCUGAAGAUUAUUCCAUUCGAUCUCUAGACACUUCUUUUGUAUCGAAUGGAAUAUUCUGAUCUUGUCAAUAUGGAGAUUCCCUCUGCUUCUUUCGUUCACAAUCAUUGUUUCUAUAAACUUUAAGUUUGUUCAGCAAGAAAUUAAACAUUGCUCUCGAGCCUAUGGCAUUGUCGGUAUCUUCUGCCAAGUUUUCAUCAGAUGAUAAGACGAAGGAUGAAUUUUGUUUUCCUAAAUUUGUUGUGAUGGGUCACCGAGGAUUUGGGAUGAACAUGCUUCAAUCUCCGGACGAGAAAAUGAAAUCCAUCAAAGAAAAUUCUAUUCUUUCUUUCAAUGUUGCUGCAGAUUUUCCCAUUGACUUCGUUGAAUUUGAUGUCCAGGUAACAAGAGAUGGUUACCCUGUAAUUUUCCAUGAUAUCUUUAUGUUCACACAAGAAAAGGGAGUAAUCACUGAGAAAAGAGUAACUGAAAUGCCUUUACAUGAAUUUCUCUCUUAUGGACCACAAAAGGAUGGCGCAAAUGUGAAGCCUAUGUUCAGGAAGACAAAAGACGGACGAAUCUUUGAGUGGAAAGUCAUGAAGGAUGAUCCUUUGUGCACCCUUCAAGAUGCCUUUGUGAAAGUUAAACGGUCCGUAGGGUUCAAUAUCGAGCUCAAAUUCGACGAUAAUACUGUGUAUGGAGAAGAAGCGUUACGUAAAACUCUUGGCAACAUCUUGAAGGUUGUGAAUGAGCAUGCGGAGAACCGGCCCAUAAUCUUCUCUAGUUUUCAUCCUGAUGCAGCUCUACUCAUCAGGAAUAUGCAAAUAAGUUAUCCCGUAUUCUUCUUAACAAAUGGAGGAUGUGAGAUCUAUAAGGAUGUGAGAAGAAACUCAUUCGACGAGGCCAUCAAGAUUUGCAAAGAAGGUGGCUUGCAAGGGAUUGUUUCUGAGGUUAAGGCCAUACUAAGAACCCCUAACGCAGUCCAAAGAGUCCAGGAUUCAAAACUUUCACUUAUAUCAUAUGGCCAGCUUAACAAUGCCGUGGAGGUGAUUUACUUACAAUAUUUGAUGGGUGUGGAGGGAGUGAUCGUUGAUAUGGUCAUGGAGAUCUCUGAAGCCAUCGCCAGUAUCUCGGUUAGGAACAAGGAAGAUGAAGAAGAAGACGAUGGAAGAAAGUCUAUGAUUAUGUUUGGAGAGGAGAGGACAAAGGUGAAGAUUUCUAAAGAUGAGAUCGCUUUCUUAACAAAAUUUGCACCUAAACUGCUUCAACAAUGAAGAUUUUGCUUCAUUUACACAGUUUCACUUGUACAUAGACUAAAUUAGGUGUUUUAAAUAAAACGGUUGUGGCAUAGUUAUUGUGUAAAGAAUGUUUGUGCUCGAUUACUAAUAAGGUGCACAUGGGACUCUAUCUCUCUAGAUAUUAAUCUGGAAAAAUAAAUCUCAUUAAUACAUUUCAACACCAUGAACAUUUAACUAGCGCUUAUCGUGCUCGUAAACAAAGCUCAUACUAAAUAAGUUUACUUGGUUUAAAUAACAAAUGCUUGAAUGCCGUUUGAUAACAAAUCUUUCAGCUCUUCUGACAGUAGUUGAAAAAUAAUAUUUUAAGACUUUUCUUCGGAUGAUUUUGACCAUCUAUUAGAAAUGGCAAAACAGAAAUUCUUGUACUAUGCCCUUUUUGGUGGAUAGAGAUUACAAGGAACCAUAAUUAUGCAUUUCUAAUUGGGAAGUUUACUCAAAUAUAUAAUAUUUUAGGACAGUUGACUAGAACUAUACAAUUUUUUUUUAUUACUGCCAUUUUUUUUAUACCUAGCGUGCCCUUUCUUUAUGUUAUGAGAAAAAAUGUAUUUACAAGAAUGCCAUUACUUUUUAGUGCCACAUAAGCAAAAAUCUGGCGCCACGUAGGAAUUUGGUUCCGUGUUUUCAUUAAGUCAGCCGUAAAGCGCUAUAUACGUCGUUGCGGCUGAGUUAUUUCUACGUUGCGGCUGAAUUAAACAAUGCGGCUGACUUAAGAGAAAACGGCUGACUUAAAAACAUAAGUCAGCUGUUAGUUAUGGAUGAUUUACAUAAAUCUGGCUGAUUUAUGAGAUAACGGCUGACUUACGUACACGCGUUAUGGCUGACUUACACAUUGGCGGUUUGAUUUCUGGAAAAUUCGGCUGAGUUAUAGUUAGGACAUGGCUGAGUUAUGUUUCCAUGGCUGAGUUAAUGAACAUCGACUGGCUGAGUUAUUGAAUUUACGACCGACUUAUGGGAUGUUGUUACGGCUGAGUUAUAUUUAAUCAGCCAUAAUUGGAUGGAUUAACAGUAAACUCAGCUUAUUUACGGCUGACUUAUUAGCGAAAGAUUAAUUACUAGAAUAUCAUUCGUUUGACGGCUGAUUUAUUUGACGAUACGGCUGACUUAUGAUUUUGCAUCCUAAUUACGGCUGAUUUAUUACUGAAAUAGUUCCACGUUUCGGCUGUCUUACAUUGUACAUGAGGGCUAAUUUAUUUAUGAUGAGUUCUAUAUUCGUUUGGCGGCUGACUAACUGAUUUUCCAUGUCAUCCGCCAUGUCAUCAACUCAGAUUUGCCAUGUCAUCACUUGUCUAAUGUUACAACAGUAAAAUAAUGGUCUAUGUUAUCUUUAUUCUUCAUCUUUUUUAUCUAUCUUCUUCAUCUUAUUCUUCAUCUUUCUCUGAGAUCUAUAGUUUAGGGUUUGAAGUUCAAAUUUACGAAAAGAUUAAAGUUUUAAUAUUGUGUCCAAAGGAUAAACUUUAUAAUUUUAUAACUUUAUACUUCUAUAGUUUAGGGUUUGAGGUUCAAAUUUAAGAAAAUAUUAAAGUUUUAUAUUGUGUUCAGAGUUGAAGGAAUGAUUUUGUUUCCGCCCAAAACAUUUUGUUCCCGCCCAAAAUCUGAAACGUCACGAAAAAAAUUACACUUGAUGGCUGAGUUAUAGGAACAUUACGGUGAUGAUCGGUCACCGUAAAUUUGAGACAUAUUUACUACAGUCGUCGUUGUUUUCGAUGAUGAUCGGUUAAAGAAGAAGUUUCCCCUCCUCCAGUUUCAUAUAUGGCGGUCCUAUAUCCUGCUGCUCCCUCUCUCAUUGGAUUCGUCGUCUUGCAGAAGAAAAAAGACUCAAAGAGAGAGAUGAAGAAAUUAAGCCCCGUAAAUUGUAAGAAAAGAGGAGAGUUGAACAAAAAAAAUAAGAAAAUGAAAGAAGACGAAGAAGAUGAUGAAUUUGAAAGCUGAGUUUAUAUGUUUGAUGACUCAGAUGGUGCGUCAUCUGAAUAUGAUAACUUUAGUUCAUACAUUAAGUCUCCAACACAUACAUUUGGGCUGAAUUAUCCUUACAUUACGGCCGAGUUAUUCAUACAUUACGGCUGAGUUUAUAAUUUUUAUAAAUUUAUAGUUUUAGGGCUUGAAGUUCAAAUUUAAGAAAAGAUUAAAGUUUUAAUAUUGUUUUCAAAUGAUUAAACUUUAUAAUUUUUAUAACUUUAUAAUUCUAUAGUUUAGGGUUUGAGGUUCAAGUUUUAGAAAAGAUUAAAGUUUUAAUAUUGUGUUCACAGUAGAAGGAAUGAGUUUGUUCCCGCCCAAAAUAUUUUGUUCCCGCCCAAAAUACGAAACGUCACGAAACAAAUUACACUUGACGGCUGAGUUUUAGGAAUGUUACAGCUGGCUUUUACCAUUCAGAUAUGUUAUGGCUAAGUUAUGCAUACUUUAUAGCUGAGUUAUGCAUACGUUACGGCUAAGUUAUAAUCAAAUUACGGCUGAGUUAUGCAUACGUUACGACUGAGUUUAUAAUUUUAUAACUUUAUAGUUCUAUAGUUUUGGGUUUGAGAUUCAAAUUUAAGAAAAGAUUAAAAUUUUAAUAUUGUGUUCAAAAGAUAAUUUUAUAAUUUUUAUAAUUUUAUAGUUCUAUAGUUUAGGGUUUGAGGUUCAAACUUAAGAAAAUAUUAAAGUUUAAAUAUUGUGUUCAGAGAUGAAGGAAUGAUUUUUUCCCGCCCAAAAUAUUUUUUUCCCGCUCAAAACACGAAACGUCACGAAACAUAUUACACUUAACGGCUGAGUUAUAGGAAUGUUACGGCUGAAUUUUACCAUUCAAAUAUGUUACGGCUGACUUAUACCAUUCAGAUACGUUACGGCUGAGUUAUGCAUACUUUACAGCUGAGUUACGCAUAGAUUACGACUAAGUUUAUAAUUUUUAUAACUUUAUAGUUCUAUAGUUUUGGGUUUGAGGUUCAAAUUUAAGAAAAGAUUAAAAUUUUAAUAUUGUGUUCAAAAGACAAACUUUAUAAUUUUUAUAACUUUAUAGUUCUAUAGUUUAGGGUUUGAGGUUCAAAUUUAAGAAAAUAUUAAAGUCUAAAUAUUGUGUUCAGAGUUGAAAGAAUGAUUUUUUCCCGCCCAAAAUAUUUUUUCCCGCCCAAAAUACGAAACGUCGUGAAACAUAUUACACUUAACGGCUGAGUUAUAGGAACGUUACGGCUGAGUUAUGCACACUUACAGCUGAGUUAUGCAUACGUUACGGCUGAGUUUAAUUAUAAACCAACCCUAUUCUAAAACCUAAAAACAAAAAAGCUUGCAGCCGUGUUGACAAAAUCUAAACCUAACUAAACCACCGUGUGUUUCUUCCAUAUCACGAGAGACGGGAGGUCAUUAUUGUCUUCUUCCUUUGCCACCGCAGUCCCGUUACCAUGAGAGCUCCAACGUCUUCAAGCCACACAACGGUUUUGUUAUCUCCUCCACCAUCAAGAUCCUCUGCCUUAUCCACCUUCUAGUAACAAGAACAAAUUCAAAAGACAGAGAAAGAGUGAGAGAUAUUGAAAGAGAGAGAGGUGACCAGUGUGGUGACAAGCGGUGGUAGUGGUGACUACGGUGAAGAUGGAGACCGGCAAAAAUGGAUCUGAGAAACUGAAACAAGGACGACGUCGGCAAGUAUAGAUGGCUACGAGCUCAAUAUCCGUGAUGAUGGCGAAGACCAGUCUUCUUCGACACUUUCUCUUCUUCGCCGACAAUCUUCUUUUCUUCUUUGACGUUUCUUCUUUUCUUCUUUGACGUUUCUUCUUUUCUCACUUCUAAGAUUUACAAACCAAAUAUACUAAGGCAUAAGAAAUGAAUGAUAAUGUAUGAAUCUCUCUUGUUUAGACAGAAAGUGAAAGAGAUGAAGAAGAUCUGGAACUGUAAAGAACUCCAGAAACAAAGAGAAGAGGAGAAGGAGACGUCAAAUAGAAGAGAGAAAGUGAAGAAAAAAAUGCAUUUUAAACCAUUAGAUCAAAACUAAUCAAUGGUCAAGAAUUGUAAUCCUUGUACUAAAAAAUCUAACCAAUGAGAAAGAAGAUAGAAGAUAACCACUAGAUGGAUUUGUAGCCCUUAGAUUAAAACAAUCAAUGGUUAGUGUUCUAAUUUUGAUGGUUAAAAUUAUAUUUUAUAUUAAAGUGUAUUUUUGAUAAAGCUUUAUAUUUUAAAACUUGGAUUUUAUGAUUAUAUGUUGAUUUUUUGAUGUGUGGUUUAAAUAUGAAGUUUAAAGUUUAGGGUAUAUAACUGAGUAAGUUUAGGGUUGGGUAUAUAGUGUUUUGGGUUUCGAUUUAAGAUUUAAGAUUAUAUUUUUAAAUAACAAAAAUAUUAGAGUUUUAACAUUUGUAGUUAAAAUUUAUGGUAGACGAUUAAUUAAUUUUUUAAAAAAGUUUGAAGUUUAAUGUUUUAUGGUACAGGUCAAUGUAUGUGGUUCAGGGUUUAGGGUUAAAGGUUCGAAAUAGAUGUGGUUUGAGAUCAUGUUUUCAAAAUAUUUAACUUUAUAAUUUUAUUUUUAAUAUUUGUAGUUUAAAUUUUAAAACGUUAUAAAAUAUUAAAAUUUUAUAUCGAAAAUAUUGAACCCUUAGACUAAAAUCAAUCAAUGGUCAUGAAAAAAGCAAUAUAAUUUGUAAUUUUAGUUCUUUUCAUUUUUUUUUUUUAAAAUUGCUUAAAUUUAUAAAAUGUAGUUACGGGUUUAAAUCAAAAUUUAAAAUGGAACUUUAAAUUAAAGAUUAUUUUUUUAAAUGAUUAAAAUUUGAGUUUAACUCUAAACAAUAAACCUAAACUUUAGACAUAUACCUUAAACUUUAAAUAAUAAUAAAAAUAUUGGAUUUAAUGUUCAAAGAUAAACUUUAUGGUUUGAGGUUUAUAUUUAAGAAAAGAUUAAAGUUAGAGUCUUGUAAGUAAGAAUUGUAUAAGUGAUUGUAAGAGAAUAUAUAUCUCAAGAUCAAGUUAAAGUCUCAACUUGAAAUUCAAGAAACUAUACACAUUCAGUUGAGUUAUAUUCACUUGAUAUUGAUAAGAUGAUCUUCAAUAUAACUUCUUAAAGUACUUGGAUUCAGUUUUCCGAUUUUAGGGUAUGUUUGAGGUAUUUUUGAUUUAUAUAAAUGAUACGGCUGAGUUAUCUAAACGAUACGGCUGAGUUAUCUAAACAUUUUAUGAUUUUAGGGUAUGUUUGAGGUAUGGCUGAGUUAUGUAAACAACACGGCUGUGAUAUAUAAACGACACGAAUGAAUAGUGUAAACAUAGCAUAAAUCAAACACACAAUACAUGGGUGAGUUAUGUUUUUUACAUAGAAAACCAAAAAUACAUGUUUUCUGCACCAUUCUGAUAUUCAUCCAUGUAUCCAAGCUUCAAUGAACUCCUCUGUGUCGUCUCUGCUGAAUACGUCACUUCUUUUUGUCUCCUUUAUUUUCUUUUUGUUCAAAUUUCUCUUUCACUCAGAUCUGAAAAAAAAUUAGAUUAUCCAUAUAUGGAUAUGAAAUCACAAGCAAACUUAAUUAAAUACAUCCCACAAUUGCCGAUCUGGGUGUUUUUUGGAAUGUAUUUGUCUUUUCUCCUCGGAACGCACACUUCUUAUAACAAGGUUUUCGGAAAUUGGCGAGAAGUAACUCAGCCACAACUGCAUAUAUAAACCAGCCGUAAAAGAAAAGUAACUCAGCCACAACAUAAAUUAAAACUCAGCCACAAACUCGAAAAAUGCAGCAGAAAAGAGGAUUUCAGGCGAUUGCAGCGAAAAAUAUUUCGUAAAAACGAUUGGAGACAACCAUUUCGGGGAAGACGAUUUUGGGGAAGACGAUAUUAGAGAAGACAAGACAGAGAGUUAGUUCAAGGAAGAGGCAGUAAACUCAAUGUCGAUGACGAUUUUAGGAAAUAUGUGGUUAGGAUUCCUUUAGUUCUUCGACGAAUUUGUGUUGUGUUAUUGUGUUUUUUUAUUACAACGUUAUGUAAUUAAAGAGAUGGUUGAUUGUUCUCUAUUGAUUAUGUGGAUACUUAAUUAGUGAUGUGGAUUUACUGUUUAAAAAUCAUUUCAAUUAAAAAAAACUAACCAAAGGCCCUUAUUGUCAUUUACUAGGGGUAUCAAAACACUCUAGUAAUUUUUAAAAGAUGUAUAACAUUCUAGUAAUAGACCAACUUUUCUAUAACAUUCUAGUAAUUUUCUCUUUCUAAUUUCCCUAGACCAAGGAAAUCAGCUAAAAUGCAUAACUGUGCCGUCGGCUAGCUUUGAUUCCAAUAUGUGAGGGUGAAAAACCAUAACUAGUGUCCUCUCCCAAACUGAAUCCACAGAGAAAUAGAUUAACAAUAUCUUCAAAGGGGAAGGAGUGGAAAUUCGACCAAAAUACAUUUCCUUGCAACCUAAAGGUAACUUAAUGUAGAAAUAUUGUCCAGUAAUGAUUUUUAUUGAUCACUAGAAUUGUGUUAAACAACAUGUUGUUAGGUUUCUUAGGAUGUUAUCUAUAAAGAUAAGACUAAAUCUAUACAUGAUAUUAAUUUAUUAACUAGUUAUUGAUAAUCACUAUCUAUACUAAUAUCAGCCAGUUCAUGUUAGACAUCGGUUGCAGAGUCCAACUUCAGAAGAAAGAUCAAGAAACUAAGCGCAGAGAAGCAGUUAUUGAAUUCAAAGAUUGUAUAUAAAGAAUAACUUUCUAUAUCAAACCUCAGUCCUAUUUUCCUAGACUGAACUCGGUUUUUCUGGAAUAUUUUUAAUUUUUCUUUCUUUUUUAUAUAUAUCUGAUUUCCUCGCUUGCAAACAGAUAGACAUAUAAUAGAUUGAUAAGAAUAGAUAUACCCAGAUUUAGAAGAUGAAAAUCCCAAAGACCAGAACUUGAAAUCCUAAAAAGUUUUAGACUUUGAUAGAUUAGAGAUUGAAUAAUAACCCAGAACCUGUAGAUUUACAGAGUGGUUGCUCAGAUACCAUUUGAUGACUUCUUCCCAAGAAUUUCCACUUUGAUUUUGGUUGGAUCUAACAGGAACAUGAUGAUUGAUGGUUUGAUGGAUGAUUAGGGUUGAUAGAUGAUCAGCCAUCUAACUAGCUUCCUCCGAACAGGUUUAUGGAUACGUUUGAUGGAUUGAAUGGAAACACUGAAGCCGCAUAAUGGCCCCAGAUACUCCUCUUUCAAGUUAUGGAUUUGACACAUCAGUCAACUAGAAAGUUUGUUUAUUGUUUUGGGUUUUCACUCCUCACAAUCAAAUUGUUCAAAGAACAAAUGAAUCACCAAAUCAGAUAGAGGUUU